AUGAACCGCCUCUUCGGCAGUGCGCCCAAGGGCCCCAAACCGACGCUCAACAGCGCCAUCGGCACCAUCGACGGGCGCAUCUCUUCCCUGGACGUCAAAGUCUCGUCCCUCAACGCAGAGCUGUCCACCUACCAAUCCAAACUGUCCAAGAUGCGUGACGGGCCGGGCAAAACAGCCCUCAAGCAAAAGGCGCUUAAGGUCCUCCAGCGGCGCAAGCAGUACGAAGCGCAACGCGACCAGCUGCAGGGUCAAGUCUGGAACAUGGAGCAGGCGCAGACGAUGCAGGAUAACCUGCAGGGCGUCAUGACGACGGUGGACGCGCUGAAAACGACAAACAAGGAGUUGAAGAAGCAGUAUGGCAAGGUGGACCUCGACAAGAUUGAGAGGCUGCAGGACGAGAUGGCGGACUUGAUGGAUGUUAGUAAUGAGAUACAGGAGACGCUGAGUAAAGGGUAUGAGGUGCCCGAUGAUGUGGAUGAGGGGGAGCUCGAUGCCGAGCUGGAGAUGUUGGGCGCCGAGAUGGAGUUGGAGGGCGCGAUGGGCGAGGCGAGCGGGGUGCCGGAUUUCAUGAGGGAUGAGGUGCCUGAGUUUAUCGAUGAGCCGCCCGAGGCGAACAAGAAGGUGCAGGAGGCGGCGAGGUGA